AUUGCAAUUAUAACACACAACAAGAAGUGAAGCAACAAUGCAAUAAAUAAGUUAGCCUCAUUAUGAUAACAAAUGUUUUUGAGUAAUAUUGUAAUGUAUGGUGUUCAAAAUAAAAUUUUUAUAAACAAAAUGAAACAUAAUAUGAGUUAAAAAUAAUGUUAUCAUUGUAAAAUACUAUUUCGCUUAUAAGUUAUAAGGCAAUUAUUUCGUUAUUUUCAUUGAAUUUGUAGAUCGGAUAACAUAGCGUAACUUACUUGGGAUACCAGCAUUCUAACUCAUACAACUUUAUCAUAAUAAUGGAUGACGAGACGUAUGAACAUGUUUUGGAAGUGGCUGGCUCGAUUAAGCGGCUCAAAAUGUUUCCAUAUUUCGAAGUAGCUCACUACAUCCUCAUGUGCAUACUAGUCAGAGAUGAUUCUUAUUCCUCACAAAUCGCCGGUCCCAAAGGUUUCCACAGGAACCAUCCGCUAGCAUGUUGGGUGGGAAGCAUGAUGCUCUGUUUUGCUGGUAGCUUUGUCGGGAACUUCCUACUGGGAGAACCUUUAUUAUUAACAUUUAAUAACGAGAUCAACAUCAUCGUUGCUUCCGUAGUGUGGUACCUAAUAAACUACAGCCCCUUCGAUUUCGCCUACCAAAUAGCAAAAUUUGUGCCCGUGAGAAUGUUGCUGAUGAUGAUGCAGGAGAUGAUGAGGCUGAAUAAAAUUUACGACGGCACCAACUUCGCUAUGAAGAACUUCUCUGGAGCUUUCAUUUUUGUCUGCCUCUUCGGCUCCCUCAAGGGAUCAGCCACGUUACACAUUCGCAUAAUCCAACGCCUGGUGUGUGGAAUAUGGUCGCCUUCAUCCAUCGAAUUGCUCAAACCAUCAGCAGUUGCUAAAUCGAGUUUAGUAGCGGGAAUAUGUUUCACGUUGUACCAUAGAAAGUUGAUCGAUCUCCCUGAACCACUCGUCUACAUCGGCCUCAUCUUUUUUCUCUGGUUCGUCAGGUUUUUCUGGGCGAUUUUUGGAGUGGAUGUGUUCAAGUUGUUUGAAAAUAUCAUCUGCUUCAUAUUCUUUGGUGGCCUGUUGGACUGGGUGGAGAGGAAGAGGUACGAGAGGAUGAUGAGCAAGGCGGAGAAAGAUGCAGCACUCAACGGGAUCGUUAACCAACAGAAAAAGAUUAAAUGACCAGAUGUGCGUGUGUGUGUCUGUGUGUUUGAUAUUUUUAUUAUUUUUCUUGAUCUCUUAUUUUCAUUUACUCAGUUAAUGUGUUAAAGAUACGUUUAAUAAAUCGGUGACAUUAAAAUUUAUCAAUUGCUUAUUUAGGCAAGCAAGCUCAUCUACUAAAAUUAAAAAUUUUCUCCCCCUCAAUUUCAAUUCUGAAAUGUUUUGUUGAAGAAAGUCAAUUAAUUUUAUAAAA